AUGGAUCGGCUUAGUAAGAGGAUUUUUGGGGAGGUUGUUCGAGCUACUGACAACAAGAGCAUGAAGGUUGUUCGAAUCAUGUCUGCAGAACCGUAUGAAACCAAGGAGCAACUUUCGGUAAAAUAUUACCCCAAUUUACCUAUGUUCCACUACCUGACCAAGAUGCUUCGAUUCCAUGGUCUUUUGUUCGACGAGCAUGUUGUAUUUCGACAGGUACAAGAUGAGUUGAAAAUUUUGCGAGGUAAAGUGGUAAGACCACCGAUUGGACAAGGAAAGCGAGCUUUGUUGAGAGGCGCGAAGAAGUGA